GAGAUAAGGGUUUAAAGACCCACCUUUCAUUUCCCUCUUUUACAUCUUCAGUCAUUCACCAAGGAGAUAGAUUACACACCAGCAGCACCAACCUAAAACCCUCAUUUCAGGAACCUGCUUCUUCUCUUUAGGGUGAAGAAACUGAUGAAGAAUUAGUGUAGUUUCCUUGAACGGAAUCCGAUUCACGUUUGGAGAUCACAAAAUGACGCCCGUUAUCCCUUCGUCAACAAGCAGUAUCUCGCUUAUCCCUGGAUGCACCUUUGAUACAAAAACGACCAACCGUUUGAUAAGAUGCUGUAAUUUAAGAAGAUCUUCGAGAAGAACCCUAUAUGCUCAAGAUUGUGUAUUGCCUUUAUCGACAUCCCUUAGAUUAUUUCCGCAUAUCAGAACGUUUGGCUCACACCAUAAACCAAGAUUUGGAAUAGCAUCAGCCACCGGGGUGGAUGUGGAUGUAGCUGUAGAACAAGCUGACCAGCCAGAUUCCGCUGUUUCAGAACAAGAUUCCGUUCAAACGUCAGAAACAACAGCAUCCGUUGAUAAGUCGAAUGCUGAAGAGUCCGCUGCCAAGUCUAAACAACGAUCACGGCCCGCUAGAAAGAGCGAAAUGCCGCCUGUGAAAGAUGAAGAAUUGGUUCCUGGUGCGACUUUCACCGGAAAAGUAAGAUCAAUCCAACCAUUUGGAGCUUUUGUCGACUUUGGAGCUUUUACGGACGGGCUGGUUCACGUUUCACGGUUGAGUGAUGGAUACGUGAAGGAUGUUGCAGAUGUCGUUUCUUUAGGACAAGAGGUAAAGGUAAAGUUGGUGGAGGCUAAUAUUGAAACGGGCCGAAUAGCAUUGACCAUGCGCGAAAGUGAGCCCGCUAGCGGUGGUGACACAUCUAGACCUCCCCAAAGAACGGGUCAAAAGUCAAACCAGAAGCGAACCGAGGGGAGAAAAACGACAAAGUUUGUGAAGGGCCAAGAUCUUGAGGGGACGGUAAAGAAUAAAACAAGAUCUGGUGCGUUUAUAACUCUUCCAGAAGGGGAAGAAGGAUUUUUGCCCGCUUCAGAAGAAGCGGAUGAAGGGUUCGGAAGUAUAAUGGGGGAUGGUUCGUCGCUCGAGAUCGGUCAAGAAGUCAAAGUUCGAGUCUUGCGUAUUGCAAGAGGACAAGUGACCUUGACUAUGAAGAAAGACGAAGAUUCUAAAGCUUUAGACUCCAAGCUUCAAGGAACCGUGUUUACAGCCACGAAUCCUUUCCUUGUAGCAUUCCGUAGAAACAAAGAUAUCGCUUCAUUUCUGGACGAGAGGGAGAAAGUUGAGGAUUCAACCGAGAUUAGCAGUGUUGACCAAGUUGACCAAGAAAGUAAAGAAAUGGUUGAAUUGAAAAGUGACGGAGAUUCUGAUGAGACUGUAAGUUCUUCCGUACUAGUUGAAGACGAAAAAGUGGAAACCGAAAACGAAAGCGAUUCUAGUGGAACUGAUCCACAAGCAUCCAUUGAAGAGACGGAAAUUACUUCUCCCGAACCAGAUGAGGAUGAAAACGUUAGCAUUACCAACGAAGAGCAGGUACAGGUACCCGAGGAGACAAGUGGCAUCACUAGCUCAAGCGAACAAGUCGAUACCCCCAUAAUCCAGGAAAACGUGAUCGAAGAUGAAAAAGUUGAACCUGUUUCUGACGAAAUUACCCCUGAAGAACAAGUAGCGAUACCCGAGGAGACAAGUAGUAUCACCAGCUCAAACGAACAAGUAGAUGCCCCUGUCAUCGAGGACGUAGCCGAAGGUGGAGAUGAAAAAAUCGAGCCUGUUUCUGAAGAAACUAUUAGCGUUACGAGUGAAGAGCAAGUAGAGAUACCCGAGGAGGCAAAUAGUAUCACGAGCUCGGUUGAACAAGUAGACGCCCCUGUAAUCCAGGAAAACGUGAUCGAAGAAACUCAGGUCGGUGAAGUCAUCGAGAGUCAAAUUGAGGAAAUGGAAACAAAAGUUGAAGUAGAUGCGGAAAUUCCAGUUGCCACGCCAAUUGAGGACGGAAAUGAUGUAGCUGCCACCGAGCAAAAUGGCGAAGCCAGUGCACCUUCUCCCGUGGAAGCCGCUACUAAAGCAACGAUCUCCGCGGCUCUUGUGAAGCAGCUGCGUGAAGAAACAGGUGCAGGUAUGAUGGACUGCAAGAGAGCCCUCUCGGAAACCGAAGGUGAUCUAGUCAAAGCUCAGGAGUACCUUCGAAAGAAGGGCUUGGCAAGCGCCGACAAAAAAGCCAGUCGGGCAACGGCCGAAGGUAGAAUCGGGUCCUACGUUCACGAUAGCCGGAUAGGCGUCCUCAUAGAAGUCAACUGUGAAACCGAUUUCGUAUCACGUGGAGAUAUUUUCAAAGAAUUAGUCAACGAUUUAGCAAUGCAAGUGGCUGCGUGCCCUCAGGUUCAAGUUCUCGUCCCGGAAGAUGUUCCUGAAGAAACCAUUCAAAAGGAGAAAGAAAUCGAAAUGCAAAAAGAAGAUCUUUUGUCGAAACCCGAGCAGUUUAGGGCCAAAAUUGUCGAGGGACGAAUCAAGAAGAGGCUUGAUGAGCUGGCGUUGCUUGAGCAGGCGUACAUUAAGAACGAUAAGGUGGUGGUCAAAGAUUUUGUAAAGUCAACGAUCGCAACGAUCGGCGAAAACAUAAAAGUCAACAGGUUUGUGAGAUUCAACCUCGGAGAAGGCUUGGAAAAGAGAACUCAAGAUUUUGCUGCCGAAGUUGCUGCACAAACUUCGGCAAAGAAGGUCUCGGCACCAACGACCGAGCAGCAGCCUGCACCAACCGAAGCCGUUGGUGCCGCCACUGAUGAGGCACCGAAAGCUGUGAUUUCGGCGGCAUUGGUGAAGCAACUUCGGGAAGAAACCGGUGCAGGUAUGAUGGAUUGCAAAAAAGCCCUUUCGGAAACUGGAGGAGACCUCGAGAAAGCUCAAGAAUAUCUCCGAAAGAAAGGUCUUUCGACUGCCGACAAGAAAUCAAGCCGUCUAGCGGCCGAAGGUAGGAUCGGAUCCUACAUUCACGACGCCCGGAUCGGGGUCCUAAUAGAAGUCAACUGUGAAACUGAUUUCGUGGGCAGAAGUGAAAAGUUCAAAGAAUUGGUCGACGAUUUAGCUAUGCAAGUCGUGGCGUGUCCGAAAGUGGAGUACGUUUCUAUCGAAGAUAUCCCGGAACACAUCGUGAGCAAAGAGAAAGAGCUCGAGAUGCAACGAGAGGAUAUUUUGUCGAAACCCGAGAACAUAAGGGAGAAAAUCGUGGAAGGGAGGGUAUCGAAAAGGCUCGGAGAACUCACGCUUCUUGAACAAGCGUAUCUAAAGGACGAUAGCGUCCUUGUGAAGGAUUUCGUGAAGCAAACGGUUGCGGCCAUCGGUGAGAACAUAAAGGUUCGGAGGUUUGUUCGGUUUACACUCGGUGAGUCAAGUGAGUCGAAGUCAGAAGAAUCGUCUGAGUCUUGAGGUUGGGUUUUUCUUAGCAGGAUUGAGUUGUUUUGAAUCGUUGGAUUUCCGGUUUUCUGUAGAAAUUUGAUGGAGAUUAAAACACCGAGUAAUACUAUUUAUUUUUC